GUUCUAUUAUUAGUACCUUUGGAUGUGGAAAGAGAUCUAAAGCUAAUGACGUCGAUUCUGGGUAUAGAGCACUACACCUUAAUCAUGCUGGGAGCAAUUACAGAAUAUCCAAUGUUACAUACACCCUGGCUCUUAAUGCAAUUGUGCGUGAUCAUCGUGGAGGUCACUGUAUUCUGCGUGAAAGUAUUUUUGGAUGGACUUCACAUAAAACGCGACGAAAUUUUAUUAUCCGUCCUGACCGUACAUAAUUGGCUUCAAGUGUUUUGUUUGUUCCAUAGACAAGCUCGGCAGUCUCGUUAAAUCUUCAGUUCUAAAAGAAAUUUGAUAACAGAAAAUAUUUAUGCAAUUUGAAUUAUUAAAAUUAUUGUAAAACUUUGUACACAAUGC